CAGAUCAACAAGUGUGCUGUAAACCAAGAUCAAGUAGAUAAAGUGUUUGUACACUGAUUGGAUUGUUGACUUAAAUUAUAGGGAACAGUUUGUGGAAUAUUAUCGCCGUCGCUUGUACACAGUACAAUGUUUUUCCGGUUCUCAUUGAUUUUUGUAUGCAAGUUUAUCAGGCAGGCCAGUGAUUGGUUUGAUGGAAUUUUUCAAAUUGUAGUAUCAAUUUUAAAUCACGUUUAUUGAGACUUGCGCAAACUUUUAUUUCAUUUUUUCCUUCAGUAGUCAGUGAAUGGUAUAAAAACGAUAACAGGAUCUCUUCUUACCGAUUUGAUCACUGCCCCUCGACUGGUACAUACGCCACCGUCUAGUGAGUAGCUGAAUUAGUACUGAAAAAACUAGCUUACAAAACGUUUUGGCAUAGCUCGACACAAUGACAGGCAGUGAGCUCUCGCGAGUGUUGUGUGAAGUGUGUGAUGAAAAUGGGAAGCAGCAAGCGAUAUACAGAUGCCAGGAGUGCGACAACUUUCUGUGCGCCGUCUGCAAGGCUGCACACCUAUCGUUCAAAGUUCUACGACACCACAAGAUUGUCGACCUUAGGGAGCUCUUAGGGUUGAGCGACAGGGCUGGCGUGGCCUUGGACCAACCAGGGAUGAAGCUUGCUUCGCUGCAGGGAGACAGAUGUGAGAAACAUCCAGGUGAAGUCCUCCAGUUCUUCUGCCAAACCUGUCAGAGAAUGAUAUGCUGGGACUGCACCUUUGUGGAUCACCCCAAACCGGAACACAAGUGCACCGACUUGAAAGAGGCUGUUGAACACAAGCGAGAAGAAUUACUGAUGCUGAUUCAAAGCUCUAAACAAGUCGAAGCUAAACUUAACACGUCUCUGAAGGAUCUUUCCGAGUUAGGUAAGCUGAUUGAGUCGGCAGCUAUGACGGCUCAGGCUGAAGUGAACCGGACAGCUGACCACGCUCUUGUGAUUUCCCAGAAGCGUGUUCAGGGGAAACGGGAGCGUCAUCUCCAAGAUGUCGUCACUCUUAGGACACAGAGGAAGACAACUGUGUCUGAUCGCAGAGAUGUUACCCAGAAUACUCUGGCGUGUCUAAGGCAAACACAGAGCGCAGCCGCUCGAAUUGUAAAAAGUGGAUCUGAUCAAGAAUUGCUGGCGAGUUACACCCCACUCACUGCAUCUCUUCAUCAGGAGAUGACCUCUGCAGAGGCCUUGUGUGGUGUUGAGAUCAUGAGCGAUCUGGCCAAGUUUGAAUUCUCCUCAUACGGACACAAUCCGAAGCAAAGCCCAUUACACACAGUGUUUGAUACAGGUGCACUUGGUCACCUCAGGGGACAGUGGGUUUUGCAGAGAGAAAUUGGUUGUUCAGAUGGUAGUAGUGGACUCAGGGGUGCCAGUUCCCUUGCUGUGUCGCGCUGGGGAGACCUGAUCGUCGCAGAGAACCAGAGACAGACUGUUCAAUUAUUUGAACGGAAUGGUGAGCGCAGGUUUUCUCUUACUACUGUGGAGAACAUUAUGAAGGAAACGCGAGUCGGCGUCGAUAAGAUCCUGGGAUUUGUACGAGCCGUGGCAUUUUCCAGAGCCGGUCACAUCAUCAUAUGCGAUUGCUCCAACUUUGUCAAGGUGUUCAGUCGGCAGGGGAGGUACCUGUGCGCCUUCACCACCACAGCUCCAAGCGACAACUGUCGCGGACCGGUGUGGCUGUGCUGUCUUGCCGUAGACGAGAGGAACCGCAUCUACGUUGGCGAUUGUAGCCGACGCUGCGUGACAAUCCACGAACCCAACGGCACUAGGAUGCAGUUGUUAGAUUGUACGCGCCCAGCUCAGCUGGCAGUCGCCGGCCAAUACAUAAUUGUGCUGCCCGCUGACCCUACGGACUCCAUCAAGCUAGUUGACCACGUGGGGAGCACCAAGCGUUCUCUGAGCGUGCCGGACAGCCUGCAGCCAUGGCUUCCCGCAUCAGUGGUCUGCUCCACCGAGAACAAGAAUAUCUUUGUGGUGAACGGGCACAAGGAUGGGGAGAGAGGCAUUCAUGAGUUCACCAUGGAGGGGGACUAUCGGGGCUGCAUCGAAAGCAACUUAACACAACCUGCAGGCAUUGCCUUGUCUCGUUCCCAAGAUGGCGAAGAGCUCUAUGUGGCUGAUGAUACGACAGUAAAGGUUUUGAGAAAGAUUUGA